AUGUCGGGCAAAGACUGGUCUUACAGGUUCAGCAGGAGACAGAGGAGAGAAAAAAAAAACACCUUUGUUCGUCUCCAGCACACACGCAUCCUGACUGAGUUAUCCAAUUGCUGUGUGUUGUGGUCAGGAGCCGGCAUCAUUGCGUCGGAGUGGAGUUGCCGUGGCAGCCCUGACGGGGCGCAGGAGGACGGCGGCGAUGCAGAAGGAGGAGCGGCAGACGGGGCGGACCGCGGGUUGGACGGCGACCCCGAGGGAGUGUGGAGUCCAGACAUCGAGCAGAGCUUUCACGAAGCUCUGGCCAUCUACCCUCCCUGCGGCAGGAGGAAGAUCAUACUCUCUGAUGAGGGGAAGAUGUAUGGUCGAAACGAGCUGAUAGCUCGCUAUAUUAAGCUACGAACAGGGAAGACGCGCACACGCAAGCAGGUGUCUAGUCACAUUCAGGUUCUGGCACGUAAGAGGGUACGAGAAUACCAGACCAGCAUCAAGGCCAUGAACUUGGACCAGGUAUCCAAAGACAAGGCAUUGCAGACAGUAGCCAACCUCUCGUCAGCUCAGAUUGUGUCUGCUAGCGUAAUGAAACCCCAGACUCCGUUCCCACCACCAGUCAGAUUUUGGCCCGGCCCUAUGCCAGGACAGCCUGGACAUUCUCAGGACAUCAAGCCAUUUGCACAGCCACCAUACACUACACUACCAGCCCCUGUCCCUACACCUAUCAGCUAUGAGCCCCUGCCUCCCCCACGACCUGCAGCGAUAGCAGCUCCCGUAUGGCAAGACAGAACCAUCGCCUCAGCAAAACUACGGCUCCUGGAGUACUCUGCUUUUAUGGAGAUCCAGAGAGACAGGGAGACGUAUAAACACCUUUUCGUACUCAUUGGCCCAUCAAACCCCGGCUACAGUGACCCCGUACUGGAGUCCAUAGAUGUGAGGCAGAUUUACGACAAGUUCUCUGAGAAGAAAGGAGGCCUGAAGGAGCUGUAUGAAAAAGGGCCACACAACGCCUUCUUCCUCGUCAAGUUCUGGGCCGACCUGAGCAGCGACAUCGAGGAGGGCGCCGGUGUGUUCUACGGUGUGAGCAGCCAGUACAGCGGUACAGAAAACAUCACCAUCAGUGUCUCAACGAAAGUCUGCUCCUUUGGCAAACAGGUGGUCGAGAAGGUUGAGACAGAAUAUGCACACAUGGAAGGGGGAAAGUAUGUGUUCCGCAUCAAUCGUUCGCCCAUGUGUGAAUAUAUGAUCAACUUCAUCCACAAGCUCAAACACCUGCCAGAGAAGUACAUGAUGAACAGUGUGCUGGAGAACUUCACCAUCCUACAGGUGGUGUCCAACAGGGAAACUCAGGAGACUCUGCUGUGCAUCGCCUUCGUGUUCGAAGUGUCUACCAGUGAACACGGUGCACAGUACCAUGUUUAUCGGCUAGUUAAUGACUAGCAGCACGUGGCGUGCAUCCAGAGACUCUCCACGGACUUUUUGAUACAUACAGCAUCAACACUAUUUCCAGCUCAAACACAGAGAAUCAACACUCCUCUACUCUAAACACACACUAGUUUUAACAGACCAACAGUCACACUGUAGUCACACCUUUUUUUAUGUGUAUGUGUAUCGCAGCAAUCUAUGCACACGGUUCCUGACAUCCCAUGACUUAAACACUAAAUUUGAAAUUUAUUUUUAUAGAUUUUGCCCAAAAUCAGUAUGUUUUGUAACGUAUUCGCCUGAAUAAUUACAUAAUCACCCGGUGAAACUGAUUUAGCUCACCUCUCAAUGCCAUUGUGGGUGUAAGAGUUUUCUUUUUAAUACGUUUUUUUAUUCGCUGACAAGCAUAUGAUGAAAAAGAUUCUUCCGUCAUAUACAUUAUAUACAAUGACAAUCUAGCUGUGGUGCACUAAAAAAGGAUAUUCUCUUCUCCGGGGAGUUUUUCGAGCAUAUGCAUUUACAUCGUAGGUGUGACUGAUGUGAGACAAGUUUGAAUAUAGGUUGUCGAUGAAAUCAUUUAAUCAGUGUUAAUGUAACUCUUUCACAAUGCCGACGUCUUCUACAGUUUGUACUAUCUCUGUACGGUAGGAAUAGACUGAGCCGUGUCCUCCAUCACUGCUUAGUGUGGAGAAUCCUUAUACUCCAGUUGGUUUAAUCAACACUGUUAGGAUCAUAUUACAGAAAUAGUGGGAAAGAGUGUGCCUCUUCCCACAAUGCAAUUCACUACACGUGAAGACGUAAAAGUCGUAUUUAUAUUUGAAACAUAUUGUCAGAGUGUAAAGAGGGCCAUGCUUUUAGGUGCGUUUGCUGUUCAAAGGUUUCCAGUGGUACAGUGUGUGGAGGGGAAGAUCGUUUGUUCCGAUGUCAGAGGUGUUUUUCAUUUUGACUCACUUGUUUGUUUGUUUUGGAAACAAAAUAGUUCCCAGCCAGUUUCAGAUUUAAGUUCAGCAUUUUGAAUGAAAUAAUGAUCUUUUACUGUUCAUUUACACAAUACUGUUUUAGUCUAACUGCGUUGGAUCGCUGCAGUAUUUCUACCUCUGCGUGAGUUGGGAUAAGAAUGUGCUUUGGUUCAUUAAGCCUUAACCUGAGGAGCACUGAUGUAUAGGACGUGUACACUACACUUGUAAUGGUACUGUUUAUAAGCCAAAACAAGAUAAAUAGACUUGUUUUUGUAAAGACGAACUAUCUUUUUUUCUUUUCUUUUUUUUUGUAUUUUACCAGCACAGCUAGAAGUGUUACUCUAAACAUCAGAAAUGAUGGGUGUUUUGGUUGUAUCUUUUUUUGGUGUAUGCAAAAUGAUGUAUGGUACAGACCACGCUAAGGUUACCCACAGUGCACUGGGGUAGAUUUUUGUCUGAUAACACUAACAAAUUAUCCAGCUUACACUUGCUUUUUUUCUGUUUUGGUCUAUGUAAUGUGUUUUUGUUUCUGGUACACAUUGCUACCAGCAUUUUUUUAUAUAGUAAAUGUUAAUUGACUGCAUUACGCCCUCUCCUGGCAGGAUUAUCUUUUAACUAUUAUCAUGAAAGUAAAAGCCAACUGGUUAAAAAAACAAACAUAUUCACUGUGUGGUCAGCCAAAACUUUGAUCUGUUUAUUUUUAUCCCAUCAGUGUACUCUGGUUGGCUGUGACCCAUCCCCCUUUUUUGGUCCAGUCAGCUCACUGAAUUAUAUCUGUGCCUUCAUGCUGUACCAAUAAAACCACAUGGUGUUUGCAGAA